AUGAGAAAACUUCAGCAGCAGCGAGCUUUAGCAGCCGCGAAUAGAGAAAUGAACUCUCAAACUCAGGACAUGAUCAAUAGGAGACUAGCCAAUUUCCACACAUUCGCUACCACAGCCGCAGACCCGAAUUUAGAACAACUCAUAGCACCCCAGCCAUUACCACUAUUUCCCACACAACCUAUGGAAAUUGAGCCAAACCCAGUAGACCAAAUUCCAGCACCUGCUUUUGACCCAGUUGAAAUCCCUAGAGUACCAGCACCCCAUCCCCCAGACUAUGACCCAUGGUUUGACGACCAUAUGGAUUAUCAACAACGCUAUCCACUAGAAGAUGAACCCAUGCAAAACCCAGUAGCACCCUACCCAGACCUUGACCCUCUAGACCCCUACUGGGAUAACGACCAAUAUAUCAGGGAGAUCCUAGAGAACCCGUACCCUUACGAAGAACCCAUGCCCCAGUUCCCUGACCCGAUACCAACACCCGUACCACCCAUGAGCACUGAGAAUGUGCAAGAACUCGGCACCUUUGGUGAGGAGAUAUUAGAAGGAAGUAAGAGAAUGAGACAGAUAGGGGAGAGACUCGUUUGGAAAUAUGACGAGUGCAACAUGCAAUACUGGAUGAACCCCUAUCAGUAG